AUGUUCACCGAGAUCUACAGGUUGCAAAGCAACGCUGAAGAGCGCGCACGCAAACGCCCGAGGUUUGAAGCCCACCCGGCCAAGGUGACGCUAUCCUUCAAAGUCAGGGAUGAAGAAUUGGAUACUGUCACUAUCCGCACCGUCACCAUCUGCAACGAGAGGUUCGAGACCUUCGCACCCCCGAAGCUCGCCGAGUUGAAGGAAAAACUCACCACCACGACCUCCAAAGAGAAGAAGGACACUAUCGCCUCUGCCAUCAAGCAGCUCGAAGGCGCGCUCGAGAAGGCAAAGGCCGUGGACAGGAUCACCGUCCCCACUGAAGACGUGAUCGAGUGUUUCCACAGCAUGGCGGUCAAGGCGGUGCAUUGGUACCCCUAUUAUGUUCGCCAGACCCACUACGAGCACGCACCCCUGUUCAUCAAUCACGGGGUCGUUUUCGUGGCCGACGGCUACUAUGACCGAGAUUCCGACAAGUACUUCCACUACAUCCGCAAGUACAACAUCGACAAGGAUGACCAUUUCCUCUCCUACGCCGAAAGAACCAAGACAGAGGUCGCAUGGCUCAUGGAGAGCGUCUCGGAGGAGUAG